AUGAAUAACGAGAAAUCUUCUAGUUUGCACCAUAGUGCCUCAGUUCCAUUAUUACAAGAUAAAUCACUGGAAUUGAAAGAUUUUUCAGGCACACAUGUGGAGCGAGAACAAAGUUUGUAUCAUUUCACUGACUUAGAAAGAACAUCUAAGACAUCAAGAAGAUUAGCUGGAUUGUUUGGCAAGUCACCAAGAGAAUUACAUUCAGAUUAUGCUAAUAUAUCGCUACACCAGGUAUAUGUUUCCCUCUUUCAGCGCUUUCAUAUUUAGUUAAUAUUUAACCAUUUUAUACUACUGUAGUUACAGUUAAAAUACAAGAACCUUCCUACUUCCGCUUCUAUAAUCUGUUGUAAAUUACUGUAAAUUGUUCUGUUUUUCUGCAGCGGUUACCAAAUUAUGAGCAAAUGCAGCAAAAAAAUUUAGUUUUCUUUGUUCCAUAUGGGGUACGAAAUUUGAAUUUUAUCACAGUAUUUGUCUAUAAAUCGGUAACCGUUAAUCGUUAUGGUAGUACAGACCAAAUUACAGAAAAUGUCAACAACUUGUACUUUGACUGUAUUAACAGCUUUUCAUUUUCAACUUUAUAUUCUUGAAUUGACCACAUUUAGGGGCUAUGUCCAUAUAAUUUUAAGUUACCACACAAAAUGUCAAAUUGACAUUUUUAUCUAAAGCCCUCCCCCAGCCUUUGAUGUUUUGUGAAGCAACCUCAACCCAGAAGCAAUGGGUUGGCUGCAACACUAGGCAUUUGUUUUCAACCUGGUGUGACAGUGGAUACUGCCCCCCCCCCAAAAAAAAAGUGUUCCCUCAGACACUAGCAGAUUGUGUCUCCCUUGCAGCUGAACAGGUUACCAAGACACAUUGGUAGAUGUUUUAUUAACCCAUCAAUGUACAAGACUCUUGCCUUGAUGAGUAAAAUCAUCUUGCAUUAGACAGAGUAAAAUACUAAAGUUGGGCACAUUGGACUGUAGGCCCAGCCUCAGGGUCCAGUAGAGGUCCAAUUUUUCUACAGGAGGACACCAAAGUCUCAUCUGGACUGCUUGGUAGAGUCAAACUGGUAUUAUUAAUACUACUGCAUGUUCUCACAUAUUCUGACUAAGAUGAUAUUAUAAUCAGAUGGUGGAAUUGAACUGUGGUGACAGCUGAGGUGAAUUGCACAUGCACUGACUACUGUGUCAACAACACAGCUUUGAACUGGUAUAUUUUGCUGCGUAAUUUUUAGGCAGCCAGAGAUGGAAGGUUGGAUCUUGUUGAAAAGAAACUUCAGUUACUUGGCAAAAAUUCCAGCAAGAUCAGCACACAAGACAAAGAUGGUUCUACAGCAUUACAUUAUGCUGUCAGAUAUAACCAUCAUAAUAUUGUCAAGAAGUUAGUUGAGUGGGGAGCACGUGAGUGUAGACUCAUAAUUAUUAAAACUUAGUUUGUUCAUUGUCAGCUGUACUGGUAAUAUAAAGAUUACAGAAUACAGAUGUUGGUAUUCAGUGAUAUCUGUGUAUGCGGAUCAGUGUAGAACUCUUCCCAAAAUAUUGUUGUGUGCGAAUUUAUGAUGGCAGGGUUUUUUCAGGGAUUUUUUAGGGCCGUAAAACGGCCCCAAAAACUCAAUCUUGAAUUGAGUUUUGAAACUCAAUCUUCUCAUCAAACGAUUCUGUACAGUACAAUGAAGUUGUUUGAGUUAAAUUCAUGACGUGUCGUGUGCAAAUUAAGUAAAACCAAAACCAAAACCCAAAAAUUAAGUAAAAAUGGCUGGAAUUCAUUUCACAACACAAGAAAAACAACGCAUUCACCGUCGUUAACCAGUUUAUAGUGUCCCUUAGUGCCCCUGCUUUAACACAUUCCAUCUCAACUGCAUAAAAGUGGGUACAGGUUUCAGCCUCCCAGUAGGGGGGGGGGAGACAGCUGCCUCAGACCCCCCUAGCUUCAGCUAGCUAAACUCAAUCUUCUCUGCAAAAACGGACCCAAGAAAAAGUCCUGGAAAAAACCCUGGAUGGUCAUAUCCUCAUGGCCAUAUUAUUGCUGCAAAUCUCAGUUCUGUAGGCUUUUGAGACUCAAAGUUUAUAUUAAUUUUCUUUAUGGUGGCUAUUUUAUUUGCAUACUUAAUUACUACAAUAUUUUUAUUGUCUUCAAGACUUCAAUGCAUGCCCCAGCAUGCAGUAUAUAUUACAUAAUACAGUGAUGUCAUGUUACUUCAUAAUAUAACACUAUAAUAAGUUAUUAAACUGUUUUUGGCUUAAUUAAAUUUUGGGUAGUUUGAUUCAAUAAUAGCCUAUUUGCAAGGCUUUCAUGGAAUGUAAAAUCGCUGUGAAAGAUUUUGUUGCAUAUGGUGUCCCCCAAGUACAGACAUCUCUAGCUACUUCCAAUGUCCUGACAUAUAUCCUGACUUCUGUUCAGUUGAUAAAACACCCAUCUCUUUAAUACAGACAGCUCUUUGACACAGAAAUUUUGUUGUAUCCUCUCAGAAUCAGAAAGUUAACUGUAGUACAGUACUUUGUUAAUACUGGAUUAUUGUUCUAAAAUUAGUUUCAAACUGUUUCCUACAGCAAAGGACGGUCCAGCUACAGCCUACAGCCUUCCCUUAUUGGGCCUGUGUUACUACAAAAGCAAGCCUAAAUUAAAGUAAACUAAACUAACUUAGUUUAUUAUACUGGAUGAAGUUUUUAAGUUUAUGGCAAAGAGGUUAAUAUCAGAUUGAAUCAUAUUUUCGCUCGCUACUCUGGGUUUAAACUUGUAUAGAAAUGAAAUGCAAUGACCAAUCAAACUGCAUUUCACAACCUGGCAUUUUGAAAAUGAUUAACACUAGUUAACCAUAUCACUAAUUCCACUGGAUACUGUAGCUCUGACUAUUUGUUCUUCUCCCCAUACUGUAGGUCUGAUAAAGACCACACUGCCUAAUUCACGAAACGUUUUCAUUAAUUUUUUUCGAAAACUAGAUGUAGGUGCCAAGGGGGAAAAUGGAGCAACUCCUCUCCACCUGGCAGCAAGAUUUCAAGUGGAUAGACGUGCUCAUGCAAAUGAAGGUCCGUCAACAACUGUAACACCUGAAGGAACUCCGAAUUUGGAAAAGAAACAAUUGGAAGGACCAUCUGACGAAAAGGCGUCAGGUGGAAACACAUCACAAAAGACGUCGUAUCUUAGACCUCCAAGCUUUGGUCUCAGGAAGAAAGAUAGUGGAGGUACAGUACCUGACUGUACAGAUUUGCACUAAGUCUGCCUCUCAAGGGUGAUUUAUCGGGGAUUUAUAAAGAGUGUGCGAAAAUGUGGGCAAGAGAAAUUUUAAGGCGAGCAGGUGGAAAGGGGAAAAAUUGGGAGAGGCAGAUUUGUUUAUUUAGUUCAGGACCUUUCCUAAAAUCACUUUGUGAGAAUCUUCCUGAAAAUAAAUAUUAAUUGAUUAAUUAAUUUUAAUUAAUUAAUUAAUUAAUUAAUUAAUUAAUUAAUUAAUUAAUUAAAAUUAACAUCUAAUACGAUAUUAAUCAUCUGAUGUGGCCGUUAGGUCACAUCGCUUUCCAUCCAGCCAUUAAUGUUGCUAAAUAUUACUAUACUAAAUUAUACUUUCCCGCUGUCGCCGAUAGGGAUGGAAUCGGUAGCUAGUUAAGAUGCGCCUGACUAAGCAGGAAACAUCCCCAAGGAUAAUAAUUCAUAGAAUCCUUAGUCAACCAAUGGUACCUCCUCCAAAAUUACCUCCAACCAGUUAUAAGGGUUGGAGAAAGGUAACCAUUGGUGAUACCUUGCCCAAUAACAACGUCCAAUCCCUUAUAAACCCGCCAUCGCACGAGAAAGAAUAUCGGGUAAAGUGCGAAUAUAAUGGAAAUACGCAUCACUUGCCCCACGUCCAAGAACGUGGAUGAGAGGAACGGAAAGGCCGGUUGCCGCGCCCGCCGUUUCGGCACCACUGCGGAAGCUGUAGGAAGAAAAUUGCCGGGAAUACCCAUGCGUGAAAGAAGAAUGCACAGAUAGCUGUUUACUUGAAGGGCUAUAAACGAACUGCCAUCUGCCCACACAAAUAGAGGGCCGGGUGUCGUGCCGCGUACCGCCAGAUAAUAUUGAAUCGCUGCAACUGGACUCGUGCGUUGACAAUUUGGGUCCAAAUAAAUGCAGCAACCGCGUUCGACAAAGUCAGGUUUCCAGACCUGAAUAAGCCGGUGAAAACGAGCCUCCAACGGACUUGACGGGUAUGCUCGUGACAUCAGCCUUGAUGAGAUGUACAAAGACGUCAAACGGCAGCGACGUCGUAAACUCACCGGCACGAAGAAAUCCGAAAUACAACAACACAGCACGCGAUAAAGUCGUGCUUAACGAGUGGAAGAUCGCGUGCAGAAUUUCCGAUGCUCUCGGGAGACGAGGCGAGUUUGCUGAUCCAUCACAACGCUGAAUACCUUUCAUCACUCGCCUACGGCGUUGAGCAUUCUGUGUAGGGUCAAAGAAACCCAAAUGAAGAUGCAGGGACCGAACUGCCGCGAGAUAAAAACCGACUGUAAACGAAUAAUACGAGCUGCGACUCAGACACUUGAAGAGUAGGAAAGAUUGCAGCCAAUGACCGUAUAAAUUGCCCAAACUGGCGUUGACCUGCAGUAUACGUACGGCAGGAUUUAGCAGCGAGUCCCUGAACGAGAAAAUGGAAACAUCGCGACUCGAAUUCGCGAAGAACAGCUCCUGGAUGAGUUAAGAAGGGACUAGCGGAGAAAGAGUGUUCGCCGUAGGCAGCAAGCGAUGACAUUCCGGAAAAUGAAAACGAGGCCUGAAGAAACAUGGCGGGCCGAUAACGAGAAGUGCAACGGACCUGCAAUUAGUAUACCUGUAACAGCAGAAAUCAUGCGCACAACGAAUCACCGUGAACAACACCUACGGCGCAUAUCGCGAAUCAUGCAACGACGGACAGCAAAGAAACUAGGCACUUCAAACGCAGCGCACCGAAACGCAGCGUUUUUCCAUGUAUCCCAAAAGGUAAUGUGGAACUAGUGACAUUGACACAAAAGAAAAACUACGGUACCUUACGACACAGUCGAAGCAAAAGAGGCUGAAAAACAAUGCGACGAAGACGCAAAGCGAAUAAAGAACUACGAAUGAAGAAGACAGGCGAAACGAAUAAAUGCGAAACGGACGUAAUUCAAACCGACGUAAAGAUGAAUCUAAAAUGACUGCGAAUCCCCUGCGCAGAACGAAGACAUACGAAUAACGAAUCAAUGCAAAAAACGACGGAAUGCAAAUCUAACAUUAAUACAGUACAACUCCCUGCGAAAAAAGGAAGACAUGUGAAUAACGAAUCAAUGCGAAAAACGAAGUAAGGCUAAUAAGAAUAACAUUAACGCGAAUCCCGCCAAAAAACGAAGACAUACAAAUGACGAUGCAAUGCGAAAAAACAACGGAAUACGAAUCUAACAUCAAUGCGAAUCACUGUGAAGAAGGAAGGCAUGCGAAUAACGAAUCAAUGUGAAACCGACGUAACGAGAAUACAGCAAUUUUCGUCCAAGCACAAACCGCAAACAUUUUCGGAAUGCAAAUGACGGAAUGCAAAUGACGAAUGCGAAUAACGAAUCAAACGACGGACUGCGAACAAUGAAUCGAUACGAAACCGACGUAAUACGAAUAUAAUAUUAAUGCGACCACAGAGGAGAGACAUGAGCUGUAACUGACCGUUGUAGAUACUGCGGAAGCUUACGUUUUCAUGUACCCACUUUUUUCAGGCGACCGGGCAAAAAAUGAUCAACUGCGCGUGCUCAGCAAGUUCCGCGAGCAGUUAAAGCGAAUCGCCACCCAUGCAAUCAGAUGCAUGCAUCUAGUAACUUGCCCAGCAUGCGGACAAAAAAAUGGGUACACUAGUUAUAACUCUGUAUAUGUAUAUGAUGCGACUCACUGCGAAGACGAAGAUAUGCGAAUAACGAAGCAAUACGAAACCGACGUAAUUAAUGCGAAUAUAACAUUAAUGCAAAUCAUUACGAAGAACAAAGAUAUGCGAAUCACGAAUGAAUGCAAAACUGCACGUGAUGGCAAAAUAACAGUAAUGCGAAUCAUUGUGAAAAACGAAGACAUCUAAAAACUAAGAACAUCCUUUCGAUUGAAUAGUGAAUGGAUAAUACCUAUAAUCUUAGAAAUAAAGAAACCGAUUUGUCUCUUCCUAAACCGAAUACCGAUUUUGGUAAAAGAUGCUUCAAAUAUAACGGAGCGGUAGCAUAGAAUAAUUUACCGUAUGAGGUAAAAGCAGCGUAAUCUUUUGGUUUUUUAAAAGAACUAAUAAUCAGGCAAACACUGAAAAUUGGCUCGUCCUGUUGCCUAUAUAGUAUAUAGUAAAUAGUAAUUCUUCUUUCUUUGUUUUUGUAAUUUUGUCAAAAAUCACGCCCCUUGUGGAAAUCAGCUCUGAGUUGUUGAGGUCAGCGUGCAUAAAUAACUUUUUGUAUGUAUGUAUAGGUAUGUAUAACAUGAAUGCGAAUCACUGCGAAGAACGACGACAUGCGAAUACCGACGUUAUGCGAAUAUAACAUUAAUGUGAAUCACUGACACUGAAGAACGAAGCCAUCUGAUCGUCUCGGCAAUUGUAAAGGGAAAAAAAAGUUUGAUUGUUUAAUGGUUUGGUGAAACACUUCGUCUGUUUAUAAUUAAGAAACGACAGUGCAAAUGAAAAUUUUGCGUGCAAGAUAAUAAGAAAUAUUGGGAAAUUCGACCAUAUUUCGCCAAGGCAAGGCUACGUGAACUCAACUUGAAGCGCGUGGAACAGCACACCCAGGGCAGGCAUAAAACUUACUUAUAAACAUAUCAAAGCAAUGUUCAGCGCGACAGCCCGGGACUAGCUAGGCUGGCUUGAGCGAGUUAUUCACGAAACGUUUUGACAUGCAUUCAUCAACGAGAUACACGCGGCCAUGCCAGAACGGCAGAACUCAAUGCAAAGACCACUGUAUAAAAUUUCUGCGGAUCAAAGGUCUUUCCAUUAUAGAGGCGUUACCCUCUGGAACGAUCUGGACAUUAAGUACAAAAAAUGAAACAAAACUUUUGAAAAACGACCUGCAUGAAGCGAAGCAUGCUGGAGCAAAUAUAUAGAGCUAAUUAGAUAAUUGUUAUGUUAAUGCUCGAUACAAAGCCAAAGGUCUUAUCCUUUUACCUAAUUUUUUACAACUUGUGAAUAGUGCAACAUCUUAUUGAUUGUAAUCAGUGUUGAAAAUAGUGCAAUAGCGACUCAAUGCAAAGGAAAACGAAUAUAACAUUAGUGCGGUAACGGCGAAAAACAAAAACAUGCGAAUAUACGAGUCAAUUUUUGAAUUUCAUUUUGGAUAGUAGAAUAAAUCUAAACAUUUGUAAAUAUAAAUGUAAUUCAGUCUAUGCUGCAAUGUUGGCCUUAAAACAUCUACUUAUCUAUCUGUAAAUGCGAAUCCCUGCGAAGAACGAAUACAUGCGAAUAGCGAAUUAAUGCGAACACGAACGGAAUGCGAAUAUAGCAAACCUUAAUGUGAAUCAAUCACUGCGACGAACGAAGACAUGCACAUAGCGAAUAAAAAUACGGCGAAUUGACAGAUGCCGACGGAUGGCCACCAUGCUGAGCUGAUGAAGCUGGUAAACGUAGAGUAAAUGGACUCGUAGGUGGUGCCAUAACAUCCUGAGGAAAGGAAGGCGGGCUCGAGGCUGACGAGGAAGACACCACGGCCAAAUAGUGCAAAUGGCAAGCGACUCUAGCGAACGCGACGCACGUGACAAGAACCCCGAACUGCCGAGGAAAUAACAGCUGGAUUAGACACUGUUGACUUACUGAUUGAACCACAGGAAUGCUCGUUGAUGUAGUAGGUAGCUAGUUAACUUAUUCGGGCAUUUCCUCUUGAAAUUUUUAAAGAAUUACACUGAAACUAACUUCGGGAAAAAAGCACUAUGCGAAUGAUGCCAGACCCACGUUGUUUUGAUCAAAUGACCAAGUGACGUUAGCUAGCGCCUCUUAAUUCUCUGUUAACUUCCAUUAUUGUGCCAAUAAUAACAUUUAAUUAAUUAAAAUUAAUUAAUUAAAAUUAGAGGACAGACGCACGGAAUUACGUCACGCGUGACGUAACUUAAGGUAUCCAAUAGCAUUCCCUUAUUUGUAUAGAUCAUGUACGCUUGAUAGUGUAAAAUUUCGACUUUUUCAAAUUUCCAAAUGUUUGGGUGGAAAAAAGUAAGCUAUUUACCUGUUUAAUUUGGGGAUUUUCUUUUUAAUAUAUAAAACAAAAUUAACAAAUAGAUAAGAUUUUGCCGUUGUCUGUUCAGUUAUAGAUACACAGUAUGACGUCAUACUGUGUAUGAGUGUAUCUAUCAAGCAUCUCCUGGACAAGAAGGUGUUGUCUUGUCGAUUCGGUCGAAUAUCUGCGUCACAAAGCACAAAACAUCAAUCAAUUUUUGCGCCAAAUUUAUAACAGGAUUCAAAUUCCUGCAAGGUACAGUAGACAUGUCUGCCUCCCUCUCUCAGUUUUCUCAACCGACCCCAGAGGAGUGCAGCGACCCUAAAAUUUAAUUUAUCUUCGUCAUUUUUAAAGCUAGAACGCUUGGAUCACUUUUCUGCUGUAUGUUGGUUUAAACUUCUUAUUGGCGUUUGCGUUGUCGCCGUCUUGUCUUCUUUGUUCAUCGUACGUUAAAUCAUUGGAAAACAUGAGUCUGAACUAUGUUUUCUCGCGAUUACCGCUGAUAUAUAGGGGCUCACGUAGUUCAGGUCAAUGUUUUACAAUUUGUGUCAAAUGAUUGGAAUAAAAAAGUAAAAUAAAAAUACCUACUGACCCCGUCUUUUUUGGACUUUUCUCAAACAAACAGUUUUAGGCCCAAUUGCAUAUUGCAGUAAUUGAGCCUGGUCACAGACGUAAAGGCAUAUGCACAAACUAUUGUGACACCAACACCCCAUGUGAGGCUAAAACGCUUACAAUUUUAUUUUGCAGGUAUUGAACGUCAUCUUUUAAAGAAUGCAAUGGACAUAUUAUUAAAAGACUCAAUUAUCUUGUACUUACUGUCUCGGAAAGCAAACGUAAACAGUCGUGAUAACCUUGGAUGUACACCACUUCAUUACGCUGCUUCAAAAUGUAACGAAACAGCCGUCAUGCAAUUGUUGACUGACAAGAACAUUGAUCUCGAGGUUUGUGGGGUAUAUUUUUUUAAUGAUUCGCCCAUAUGAAAUACUAUUAUUUACAUAACAGGAAAAAAUAAAAUAAAUUAUCGGGCUAGGAGUCUAUUGAAACCUUAACAGGCUUUUCGAUUUAGACCCCUCGUUAAAGUCUUUAUGCCAUGUCUUUGUGCCAUACAGUAAAUAGUAUAUCGUAAUAUUACAAUUAUUAUAUUAUUAUAAUUUUGACAACUUAACUAUUAAUUACAGUAAGGUUAAGGUUAGCAUCAAGAUUAGGCUUAUAAAUGUUAGGGUUUAGCAUUAUUAUGGCUAAGAUGAGGCGGGUUGGUUGGUGUGAAGUUUAGGGUUAUGAUUAGAGACUUAGAGUUAUAAUUUUAGGAUUGCAGGCAAGAGUUAGGAACAGUAGGUAUAACCUCCUAUUUACUGUAAUUCAGGCAAAAGACAAGACCGAAAUGACAGCAUUACAUUGCGCUGCAUUGGAAGGCUCAGUGAAAGUUGCUAAAAUAUUGAUUGAUGCUGGAGCAUGUUUACGAUGUUUUGAUGAGGAAGGAAUGACUCCUUUACAUUUUGCUUCCAUGGAGGGAAGCCUUGACGUCGCUCAAUAUCUCUUUGAAAUCGGUAAAUAUGCCUAUAUUUUCCGAUCUCACCUACAGUAACAGUCCUACACCAUUUUAUUUAUGCUGGAUGACUCUAUCAAUUAGCCUUUCUUAUUCGCCAUUUUUGGGGUACUGCCUCUCCCAAGACAGUACCCCAAAAAUGGCGGAUAUGGGUAUAGUACUGAAAGAAAAUCUGCGAUGUUUGGUAGAGUUAAACUGGAUAGGAAGCAUUCUUCUCACAUGCAACUGAAGUAUAAUAGAUUUAUGAGAAAACUGACAGGAAUAAACCCCACCCCUGUUGCAGAAAUGAAAGACGGUUUAUGUGGUUUAGACUGUGCCACUAACUCCUCCAAAAAACAAACACUAACACUUGAGCCAUAAACAAACACCUUUUAUGCACAGUUUUAUAUUGUUGUUUAUUUGUUUGUUUGCAUUAGCGGAACAUAAAGGUGGUUGGGAAACUCUGUCUAAGAUGGUUUUAGAUCAAGACAGAGAAGAACAGACUGCAUUACAUCUUGCUGUGGAGAAUGGACAUUAUGAAAUAGUUCUUCUUCUGAUUGAAAAAGGGACGAAUGUCAAUUGUGUUAAAGUUAACUUGGUCGCUCCACUUCACCUUGCAACAACAAACGGACAUCUUGAUAUUGUUCAACUUUUGCUUAAUUAUGAUGCAAAUAUUGAAGCCAAGACAGCAAUGCAGAGAACACCUCUCAUGAGAGCAGCGACGUUUAACAGACUUGAGAUUUUGAACUAUUUGUGGAAAAAGUAUGUGUUGCAGUAGUUUAAUUUUUCUCGCCCCUGCAGGGCUUAUUUUAGUGCGCCGUAUUCAUUGAAAAGUAUGCAGUAUUGAAUGUGAAAGUGUGCAUUAUUAUUUAAUAUUUUCAGUUUCGACUUGCUAUUACAAGACAGUGCUAUGGCAACGUCGCAGAAUUACUUAGGUCACAAAAGCACGAGGAAAAGGGAAGUGCAGGGGUUGUGCAGUUAAACCCAGUGAGCUCUCUCUCUCUCUCUCUCUCUCUCUCUCUCUCUCUAUCUCUCUCUCUCUCUCUCUCUCUCUCUCUCUCUCUCUCUCUCUCUCUCUCUCUCUCUCUCUCUCUCUCUCUCUCUCUCUCUCUCUCUCUCUCUCUCUCUCUCUCUCUCUCUCUCUCUCUCUCUCUCUCUCUCUCUCUCUCUCUCUCUAUAUCUGGAGCGAUAACUUCAGUCAUUCGGCCUAUGAGAAAAGUGAAGCCAAGAUGCCAGAGUUUGACGUCCAAUAUCUCUGAAGGUCAUAAACAGUUUUAAUAGUGAGCUUAAGCAAGUGACGUUUUUGUCAGCACGAAAAUUGGUAUCAUAGCGCUCGUGUAAGAAAGCAAAAAACUUUAAAAAUCUUAUAUUUUGUCAGAUGUGUUGAAGAUUACCACAAACUGACAAAAACACAGUUUUUAAUCCAGUACCCCCCUCGGCAAUCUGACGUCCUUGUUGACAAAAACAUCGCUUGCCUAAGCUCGUUAAUAACAUAUUCCCCAGCUAAUCCCAGUUCGAACCAUAUCGUUAAUCAAGUUAUCAGUUUGUAAAACCAUGAUAGAAUUAUUCUUUAAAUCGAAGUCAAAAUACGAAAUUUCGGUACACUCUUUGCCAACUUCGUGUUAGCCGCGCAGACAAAAACAAUAGGAGAGGACUGGAUUUUGGACUCGAGUUCUCGCUCCAGAUAUAUAUAUCAAGCUCACUUGGUUAGGCAUAAUGGUAAUGGACAUGAAGAACAAAGGAAAUUUUCAACAAUUCUUAACCAAAUAAAUAGAUGAUACAUUAUUAAGACAAACAGGGAAUCCGGGGAAAACAAUACUUACGUGUACUGUUGGAUCAUUUUUCAAAAUGUGUAAUUCUAAGAUGCAACUACCUGAAAGAUAUAAGGAGAAUUUGGACGUUUCGAGCGAAGGCCCUUUGGCGGGAGUUACUAAAUCCAUCUGAUUAAUUUAAUUUUUGUCACGUGAUUGCUUUUAUAUUCUUAGUUUAAAAGCUCGUGUAAUUUUCCCGCUACUAACUCCCGACGAAGGGUCGAAGUUCUCCUUAUAUUUUUCAGAUAGUUGCAUCGUUAUUUUUGGCACUACCUACAGGCACAGACAGUUCAAGUUCUUAAAUUGAGAUACUUGUAUGCUUCCUUUAGAAUUUUUAUAAAAUCUCUCCAAACUGGAAGAAAUGCCAUUUCAGAGACUUCCCAAAGAAGGACCGCCUGUGUAAAAUGUGGUCACAGGUUCUUCCACCAACGGUGAAAAUGAGCACUUCUAAAUUCCCUCAAAUGACACCCGUUGUAUUGAAAAAUGCUGUUGCACUUGCUCAAAGCGCUACUGAUGUUUUCUUUUAGAGGAGCAAGGCUAGAGUGUCGUGAUCGUGAUAAAAACACGCCAUUGUUGAUCGCUGGCAAGAAGAACCAUGUUGAUUCAGUGAUGUUCUUGUUAGAACAUGGUGCAGAGCCGAGUGCUAAAGAUAAAAAUGAUAGGAAUGUUUAUCAUCAUACCGCUGUCGAAGGAUGUCUUGAUAGUUUAAAGGUGCGAGCAUCUCUCCAUUUGGAGUUGUGUGCAUGCCUGUACUUUUUUACAGGUAACCAGAAAUAAUUUGCUAUUGCGAGCAGCAGGAGCAGGUUUGGGACCAACCUCGUUCUCAGGAGAGACCCUGGGAACGAGGUUGAUUUGGGACCGCUUAGCUUGCGAGUUGCGACGGGAGGUCGGGCCACCGGGGGAAACUUGGGCCUGUGAAAGUUAAUUCUGGCAAUAGAAAACAUAACUCAAAGCUUGAAGGCUUGAGAUUUGAUAUAUAAAAUUUGGCCACGGAACAGGAAAAUAGUCAAACCACACAAAGUUUGAAAAUGGAAAAAGACGCUUAUUAAAUCUGGGGCCGGUUGUAUAAAAAAGUGAUUAAAGUUAACUAUAGUUAGUGGAAACGUCAUCCAAUAAGAAGCGCGUAUUUGAGAGUUAAUCACUAUUUAACUACAAAAUAGUGAUUAAAAAAGUGAUUAAGAGUUUUAUACAACCGGCCCCUGGUCGGUAAAUAUUGCAAAAAGUGAAAAAGGUACUGGGAGAAAUUGAAAUUUUUUACCAUACUAUCAUGCACAAGUCCUUCUGCAUGACCCGGUUUAUAGUUAGUUCCAGUCGCAUGCAGAUCACUCGGAUCCCAACGAUCCCAACAUCCGACAUCCAUGGUUGUGUGCAAAAGUAAUCAUAACAGUAAUCCCAAAGCUAACUCAACAAAGUAAUCCUAAGGCUAACCUCAACCCUAACCCCACACUAAACUUAACGCUAAUCCUCUCACGUUAUUUCGGGAUAGAUAUAUGGAAAAGGGCCGUAGUUGUUAAGCAUUGGAUAAUAUACAGGGUAUUAUGAUAAAAUUGUAAGAUAACAGUUCAUGUUUUCCCCUGUAGUAUCUACUGAAAGAUCAACGUGCCAAAGCGUUGCUGAACGAACCAGAUAAAUUUGAAGAUACAGCAUUACACUUGGCAGCAAGUAAAGGCUUUGAUGAAAUAGUUAGGGUAUGUAAAAAAUAUUGCUUGCCUAAUUUUUCGCUGCCCGCGCCUCACCUGCCAACCCCUUAAAACCGCCAGCUACGCAGGCUAUAUUUGCGGCUUAGAGCUAAGUUGAAUUACGAAGGACGCAAAUCGACCUGAUCGAGUUGAACGCUUACGUCUCUGCCUGAUCAAGUAGCACAGCUACAAUUGAAUGAUUAGUUUGGGAUUUAUCCAACUCACCCUGUUUUUGUGGGAGGCAAGCGGAUUACCUGGCGAAAACCCAACGACUUUUGGUGGAGCUUUGACUGACUCUUAUCAAGAAGUAUCAAGAAUCAGCAGCGAGAAUGAAGCCCAGGAUCUCAGACGUGAAAAGUCUUUGUUCUGACGACUCCGCCACAGUAAUUGUUCAUAAUAUGAUACAUGUAGUGAGUGUAGUCGUAAACCUCGCAUCACUUUCAUUAUAAUCUACCCGUUGAAGACUGUAGACUGACAGUCGUCGAAAGCUUGUAAAAAAUAAAUAUUAUAACUAGAAGUUACUAUCGCAAGAAAAAUGCUGCCUCACUCCCAAGGGACAGGGCCGAAUUUCAAGUUCACUCUCACACCCCCUCACCCCUGCCAACCAUAUUUAUUUAUUUAACUUUGCCAACUAGGGCAGAGUCACCACAGCAGCAUAUGCCAAUUACUGUGGGCCCUUUUACCUAACCGGCCCUGUGGGAGGAAACCUUCCAACAUGUAAACAGCCCCUACGAUGCCUGUUCAUGAGAUAGGAAAAUUGCCAUUUGAAUGUCAAACACGUUGCACAAAGUUGAAGCGCGUCUAAAUAUUCCGUUCUACUUUCUUGGCAUUGGUGGUUUUAUAUGAAUACCAUCAAUUCUAACUUAUAAUUAUUUCUUACUUUUGUAUAUGUAUAUGUAUAAUUAUAAUACUGUCUGUGGCAAAGCUAGCCAUAGCAACAGGUGAUGUUAUGAAAGUUUUUAAUGAUUUGUAUUAUUCAAAUCAUGCAGGUUUAUUGGCAUAGCAUGACCAGUUGCCAUGGUUAGCUUGCCAAUGAAUACUGUAUAAUAUCAAAUAUAGAAAUACUAAGUCAAUUUUUGUCCCAAUGGCAAUUUUCGUUUUAAUGGCACCUUCAAGGCUACCCCUAUCGCAGAACAAUUUAACAAUCUGCUGAUGGAUAGAAAACAUUUAUUCAUUGACAUUUUUGUUUAAUAGAUUAAGUCACUAAGAUUGUACUCAGUCUGAACAGCAAAAUUAUACAAUAAGAAAGAAAUUGUGAGCAUUAAUUAUCGAAAAAUAUAGUAUACCCUGAAAUGUAGUGACACAGCCAGGUGAAUAUAGGAAUGUAGGCUGGUAGGAUUAUUUCAUAUUAUGCUAUUGAUGGACAUAUCUCAGAGAUAUAAGCAGUUAAAGCAGAUCAUUAUAUUUUGUACAAAAGUCGAUUGACAAAUUUGACAUGCUGUUACAUGUAACUGCUGGUAAGUUAAUAUGUGCAUGCAGCAUGUGUUGCUAGUAUAGGAUUCUUAUUAAGCCUGAUUAUGAUACAUCUAGAAUGAACACAAAAAACGCAUCGCCACACAAACAAAUAUAAAACUAAAGGUACAUUUUGACUCCUUGUUUAUAUAUAAAAUAUUGACAUUAUUGUCUAUUGACGAAUCGAAGCGAGUACCGACUCAAAAUAUUGUCGAUCGUUUCCAUUGUGCAAAUCCAACAAACUGUAUGUAAAUAUAAAGCUCGUAUUCGUAUUUCUCGUAUUUAAACCACUGAAGAAUCAUGGCUGCGCGACACGAAAUAAAGUUUGACCGCCCCCCUUGUUUAUAAAAACUUCCUGAAGCCUUAAUUAUUUCCCCGGAAUUUCGAAAUCCUGACAAACAGACACAAAGUCGAGAUCUCGACAAUACAUAACUCGCGCGAAAGAGAACGUCUAUAGUUUUCAAUAUGAAUAAUCCUGCAUGGUUUCGCAUCAAACAUAUUUAAAUGUAGUGGGUUGUUAGAACAGCAAAUUAUGGUCUGGUUAUGGUUUGGAAACUCAACCAAAGUUUCAGUUCUAUCUUUUUGUUAAUUUGUAAGGCCUCCUUACGGUAACAGUGCAUAUCACACGGAUUAGUUUACUCUGUAUCAAUAGAGUUUAUUCAUUCUUUCUUUCUUUCUUUCUUGCCAGCUUUUGUUGGAGAAUGGAGCCAUUAUUGAUGCAAAAAAUGAUCAAGAUCUCACUCCAUUACAUCUCGCUGCAAAACACGGCAGAACAAGGUUGGUAACUGUAGAAAUACUUGUAUUAUACCUACACUAAAACGAAACCCACGAAGCACCUUUUAAAUAAUGCAUGUUAAGAAAAGGCCCAAAUUCGAACAGAUAUCAAGAUGUUUUUGGUAAAGCAGUCAUAAUUCCAAUUCAUACCGAAAAACGGUAAAUGUUUAAAACUCGAGAUUAAAAAAAAAAAUUUAAUUUUAGAGUGACAAUGAUACUAAUCAAACAAGAUCCUUCCAUUAUAAACGACGAAGAUGAUUGUUCUAACACACCCCUCCAUCUUGCUGCCUUGCAUGGUCAUAUUAAAGUCGUGGAGUUGUUGUUGAACCAAGGAGCAGCCAUUGAUGCAAGGUGAGAUCUGCAUAAUAUUAGGAGCAGCCAUUGAUGCAAGGUGAGAUCUGCAUAAUAUCUCGGAUCAACUCUCCUUUAUCACUUUUUAUAACGCGUCCGUAACAUCUUAGUAUUGCUUCCCUUAUUUAUCUGCAAUGUCUAACGCCAUAUUUAUGUUUUUAUCUCUUCAUUCCAUAUUGUCUCUGACAAGCUCUUCUUCCUCUCUUUUUAUUACGUGUCCAUACCAUCUUAGCCUUGCUUCCCUCGUCGUCUCUACAAUGUUUACCACCCUACAUCUUCAGAUCUCUUCGUUCUCUAAUGUCACUGACAGGCUCUCCUUCACUUCUUCUCAUUACGUUUUCACACCACCUCAGCCUUUCUUCCCUCACCUUCUCCGCAAUGUCUACGAAUCCUACAUCUUCAGGUCUCUUCAUUUCAUAAUGUCUCUGACAGGCUCUCCUUAAUCUAUUCUCAUUACGUGUCCAUACUAUCUCAACCUUGCCUCCCUCACCUUUCCUGCAAUGUCUGCGAACCCACAUUUCGAUUUUAUAAUAUCUCCUACACACUCUUCUUUUCCAUCUCUUUUUAUCACCAGUGGCGUAGCCAUCCAGACAAUUUAGUCCCGCUAUGCAAAUUCAAAAUUAUUAUCAUUAUUCAUUUCUUUAGAAAUUGAUUGUUUUCACAGUCAAUGAACACGAAAAUAUUUGCAUAGCGAGACUAAAUCGUCGGGCUGGCUACGCUACUGCUUAUCACGUCUCCAUGCCAUCUCAGCCUUGCUUCCCUCUCCUGCUCUGCAAUAUCUACACACCCACAUGUUCUUCUGGUCCUUUUAUUUUAUAAUGUCUCCAACAGUAUCUUCUUCAUCUCUUCUUAUUACGUGUUCAUGCCAUCUCAGCCUUGCUUCCCUCGCCUGAUCUGCAAUGUCUACGAAACCACAAGUUCUUCUGAUCGUUUCAUUUCAUAAUGUCUCCGAGACAAGAUAUCUAUGCUCCGAGAGGAUCUUCUUCAUCUUUUCUUAUUACGUGUCCAUGUCAUCUCAUCCUUGCUUCCCUUACUUCUCUGCAAUGUUACCAUACCACAUCUCCAUUUCGAUAAUAUCUCUGACCAGCUAUUGUUAUUUCUGUAGGAACAAUACAUUAUGGACUCCACUUGACUGUGCCGCUGCUGAGGGAUGGACCAAAACUGCCACAGUUCUUUUAAAUAAAGGUUCUCCUGUUGACCCGUUGGAUAAAGCAAAGGUAAUCAAAUGAAUGAAACCCAAUUCAUUCACAUGUAUAAUUUAGGUACUUGUUUCAUUCUAUGAUUACAUUUAUUUAUUUAUUAAAAUAUUCCUGCAUAUAGAAGUGCAUGUAGGUUUUUUGAAAAUGACAACCUACUGUAUUAAUACAGUACGUACAGUAUAAACCGAACACGAUCUGAAACAUGUUUACUUAGGCAAUUUUCAUUUAGUCCCGAUCCUCAAACUCUAACCUUAAUAUUAACGUUGCUGGUUCAAGUGAGGCCAAAGGCUACUGUUAAAAGUAAAGUAAAGUUAGGCGGAAAUUUUAUUUUAAAACUAUAAAAAUAUAAAAACUUUUUAUAUUUUUUAUAGUUUUAAAAUAAAAUUUCCCCCUAACUUUACUUUACUUUUAACAGCAGCUUUUGGCCUCACUUGAACCAGCAACAUUCCUAUAAUGCUACUGAAGGACAACUUUGUACGCUUAAUAUUAACCCUACGUCUAGCCCUAAUCUUUAUGACAACAUUUUUGGAUAGUAUAUAAUGUAAGAAAAUAAGCCUGUUUCCCUUUGCAUAGUUCAGUGAAAUUCUAAUUCUUAGACAACACCCCUGCAUCUCGCGUGCCGUGAAGGACAUCCAGAAAUGGUGAAAUUACUUCUCUCAAGGAAAGCAGACCUUACGUUGACUGAUAAUGAAAGAAAUAACUGUUUGGACAUUGCUAUCGAUCAUGGACGAAAGUAAGUCACAGAGUCGCACUUACACGUACGGUACUGUAAAUAUACUCGUUAUUAUCAUUAGCGACUGUAUAUGUGGGAUUCACUAAGCACUGUCGUGCAGGAAAUUGUCAACUUGUGGUGAUCAGAGUGUGAAAAUAAUGUUCAUUCGUAGUCUUCUAUUUCAAAGCAAAACUGAGAGAUUAAAGUUGAAUUAUCUUGCUAGUGUCGACAUAUUUGAAGUCGACCAUCAUCUGCUGCUGUAAUGCUUAUUGUAAACCAAACAUAUGGUGAAACUACAGUAUAUAAAUUAACUUUAUCUAUAUUGGAUAGCUCUAUCAGUUGUUCUCUCUAUAGGACCAGUAAUGGCUUUACCAAAUUUGUCCAGUGUUACUGCAGAAGAAAAUCGGAAUACUGAGAGAAAAUUUGUAUACUGUUUGGUUGAGUCAAAUUUGAAGCACUCUUCUCAAAUGAAAUAAAAUUUAAAACAAAAUGAAAACAUCUUGAAAAGCAAAGAUAUGGACUAAAACAAGACGUAAACGUAAAUUAUUGUACAGUCGAAGCCCUAUUAAGCGGACACCUUCGGAACCUCAGCAAUGUGUCCGCAACAACUAACUUAGGAACUGUACAGACAAAGGUAAAUGUGGAGAGGUUGUUUACGGUGUGGAACUUCCUACGAGUUCAUGGUUCGAGAAGACAGUUUUUCUUGCAAUUGCUUGAAAGACAAAUUAAAGAAAGAAAGUUUGUUUUUAGAGAUUAACUCAAGUUAUUAGCGUUAUACUACUUAGAAAUACUGCCAAACACUGAUAACAAAUACAUGUCCCAGGCCUCAAAAUAACGGCCGGUCAACGGACAAUGACCGGCCAAAAAUGCCUCUUGACCGGUCACUUUUUUACCUCACCGGUCAUUUUGACCUGCCACAUUUUCAUGCCUUCCAAUGUGAUUGCUAACAUCUUGAAUUUAUAUGAAACUAUGAUGUAUCGAAACAAGUUUCUAAUAGUUUGUUUCACUGUUAGUGUAAGCGUAUCAAUGACCGGUCAAAAACAGAUUUUGAACGUCGAGUUAAAAUCAAGUUGACCGGUCAUUUUGACUCUCCCGUUAUUUUGAGCCCUGAUGCCUAGUGAAUUUCCAACAAAUACAUGUCUAAUAAGUGUCGGCUUCCGUUUAAUAGAGGUAACCGCUGAAUGGGGGUAACGAUAUAGCAUUUUAAAAAAUCAUUGGAACCAGAGGGCCGGAACAUUAAAUUCAAGCUAAUAAGCAGGUCUUCUGACGAAUUAUUUGCACGCGCACUUACGAGUUUCACCGCCGACACAUGAUUGAGUAUAUUUCAGUAGAACUCAGUUUCGAAAGAAAUCAGAUCAAUACCAACGAAAAAUUAGUUAAAAUAGCAGCACAGGACAGCUAAAAGUUUGCAUUUUAACGACAGAUUACCGCGAUAUUUUUGCUCAAACUUUUGUUCUGGCACUUGAGCACAUGUUUACAACUCCUUCAACGCCACGCGCAAAAUAAUGUACAAAAGGCCUGAAAGCGAGCAAAAGAAUCAACCAAUCAGACCAAAGUCGCCUUUGUUUGGUACAGUAUGUGUCAGAGAGGUGUCUGUUGAUAGGGGUUCCACUGUAUUUCGAUGCUAUUAGCUGAAUUAAGGUGAAUAUGAGAAAUGCAUAUUGCAGGAAUUGAACCUCGAUCACAACGAAAUAAUUUAUCGUAUUGUUUCAGGGAUGUUGUCUUAGAGAUUCUUAAUCAUGCUCAAUGGAAAAGAGUAAUGCGAAAUCGAACUACAGACGGAGCUACGGUAACUACACCAAUGCGAAAAUUAAUCAAGAAACUUCCUGAUCUAGCAAUGAAAGUCUGUGAUAGAUGUUUUCAUGUGAAAGAACCUGUGAAUCAUUUAGAUUACAAUAUCACAUUAAAUUAUGAAUUCUUGGAUGAUAUUAAUGCUGAAUGGUUUGAAUCCGAUACCGCUCAUACAGGAGAUGACGGGCUGGAGGAUAUUGUUUAUAAGAUUAAGAAAGCUUUGCCAGAAAACUCGACCAGACAAUUACAAAUGAAACACAAUCAUCCGCUUAUACUCAUGGUAAGGAUUCGUGUACGAGUUGUGCCUUUUACCCCAAUAUUACGAUUGACCCGAUUCAUUCUAACCUUAACCCUAACCCUAACUAAUCCUUUAUAAAACAGGGUGUCCACGGAAAAAAAAGAUUUCCAGGACUGGAAAGUCCUUGAAAAUCAGUAGGAGUCCUUGAAAGUCCUGGAAUUAUUUUCCUUAACCUCCAGCUAUGCCAACAUUAGUGAUUUUGAUUAAAAUUACUGAAUAAAUUGAAUUAUUUGCUGGAUAAAGUCUAAAAUCCGUGCCAUUUUCAAAGAUUUUUCCCAGUUCUAGGUCCUUGAAUUUAAUGAAAAGGGUCUUGAAAGUCCUGGAAAAGUCCUUGAAUUUCACCUUCACCAAAGGGUGGACACCCUGUUAAAACCUUAAAGGGCAUAUGACUCGAAAAUUGACGGUGUUAUUUUUUAGUCUAAUUUGAAAGAUCAUUGAAAACUGUAGAGUAACUUCUUUGACAGAUUUUUGUUUUCUUGCUUCGUUUUGGAGAUAUUUCAUUUUGUAUGAUAUGCAAAGGACCAACUUUCUACGUCACAUAUGCAUAAUGAUUUACUUUAAAAUGUUAUAUAAUUUUGUCACUAUCAAAUAUAUUCGCUCAAAAUGAAUGACGAGCACGAGAUUUGUCCACAACAACACCCAUGUAGGUUUUUUACUGAUUGUGUUUAGUCGUAUUAAAGAUAUACAGCUUUUAGGGCUAAAUCAUUAUACAUAUGUGACGUAGGAAGUUGGUCUUUUGCAUAUCAUACAAAAUGAAAUAUCUCCAAAACGAAGAAAGAAAACAAAAAUCUGUCAAAGAAGUUACUCUACAGUUUUCAAUGAUCUUUCAAAUUUGACCAAAAAACAACACCGUCAAUUUUCUCGAGUCAUAAGCCCUUUAACCCAAACUCUCGUGAGUCGUAAUUCUAACCAUGACAGGCAGAUUAUAUGUUACCAAAUAAUUAUUAACAUAAAUAUUUACAUGCAUGACUAUGGCAGUUAGAUGGUAAUAAGCAACCCAGAAUAACUGUUAAAGUUAAUCGAGCUGGAUGGCUGCUCUUGAUAUAUUAACGUUAGGGUUAGUAUUAGAGUUUGCCUUGGGCUUAGGUUUAGGGCUAAAUCUAGGCUUUGCUGGCAUGCAUUUUGACAAGACGUACACAAUUACACACACUAAGUACACACAUUUAGGUGCUGUAGAUGAAAGCCAUCUUGUACAUAUGGCCUACAAAUAUGAACAAAUAGAACGCAAAAAUCCAAACAAACCAGUUCAAGUUUAUCUGAGUAACCAAAUACCCGCCAUCUUGGCAUACCCGAUGAAUUCAGUAUUCAAUUAACAUUUUUAAAACUGCUUUCUAAAUACGCAAUUCCAGCUUUUAGUUUAAUAUGCGUGUAGGGGGAUGGGAAGUAAGGUAUCACGUUGCUGAUUAUGCUGAAAAAAUAAAAAUGGUGGCCGUGUAAACACGGAGUGAUAGCUUAUACUUGUAAAUAUUGAAAUAUUUCUGUUGUUUCUGCACUGAGUUUUUAUUGAAAAUUUUCAGCAUAAUCAGCAAUAUGAUACCUUACUUGCCGUCACCCCCUGCGCGCAUAAAUUAAAAGCUGGAAUUGCCUAUUUGAAGUAAAAAGUUAAAAAUUAGAAAAAUUAAAUAUUUGUAUUAAUCUUUUUCAUGUCUCUAGGUUUCAUUUGAACGAGAAAAACUUCUGAAACAUCCAUUGGUCACCUUCUUAUUACGUCAAAAAUGGCGUCGUUAUGGUCGCUAUGUCUACUACGCAAGUUUCACAUUCUAUAUGAUAUUUCUACUCUUCCUCACCGGUUAUGCUCUCGUCACUAGUGAGAAAUUUCCACCAGGCUACUGCAUCGCUCCACAAUGUAACUGUAGUUCAUUUCCAGGAAUUGAUCCAAAGAAUGCUUUUGAAUUUUUCUGGAUAAACAUCGGCCGUUCGGUCGUUUUAGUCCUUGCUAGUUUUGUCCUCAUUGUUAAGGUACAGAAUUUGCCACCUUAUCUGUUUCUUGCUAAAAUGCUUAAGAAUAUCGUUCCCCAUGUUGCGCAAACAGUUGCUUUGACUACGUGACAAUUGUAGGUUAUGCAUAAGUAUUGUGACCUUUCACGUAUAACCUGUCAUAUAACAUAUAUUUGUACAUGCACGAGAAUAGUUUUAUUAUACUGAUUUCAAUACUGAUAAGUGUGUUGAAAAAUGCAGUGCUAGCCGAUAUUUUAAAACACAAUUUCAAGGUUUUCAAAAAUCUGUAUAAUGAACGAUCGUCUUCGAGUGUACUACAUAAGGUUUAUAAGAUUAUUCAUGACAUAAAGCUAAAUCUUCCUUCAAUUCGCUUCUACGUGCAACUAGCCUGAUAUGAUUUCAUUUGUAAUUUAAAUCUAUAUCCUUGGCUUAUCUUUGUAAUUUUGAAUUUUACGCCCCCCUUCUAAAAUCGACUAUACAAAUACCAAUAAGAUGCAUUAAUCUACCCGAUCGACCAAUCACAUGCGUACUUAGUCAGUAAAAGAAAGUGGAAAAAAUCAAAUCUUAAUCAAAUCAAAAUUAAAAUCAAAAUUAAGUCAAAUCUAAAUCUUAAUACAGCACUAUUUAAAGAGAAAUCCAACACGAAAAUGGACUUUAUUACCGUGCUAUGAAGACAACAAUACCACAGAGUACUACACAGAAGUCCAUCUCCAUUGCUUUUUGCGUAAGCUCUAUUCGUCAUGAUUCGUCACUCAGCAAGUACCGUAAACAGAAGCAGUCACCCCCCUGGAUGUGCGCCAUUUUUAGUAUUUCCAGGGGGGGCUGUUUAUGGUACUUGCUGAGUGACGAAUCAUGACGAAAAGCGCUUACGCAAAAAGCAAUGGAGAUGGACUUCUGUCAGUCUGUGUAGUAUUCUGUGACAAUACGGUGCUGGUUUUCUGUGUGUUGUACUCAAGAAUUAUUAAUGAAUUUGAGAAUUUCUUUACUAAAUUAUAUUUUAUGUUUUAGUUGUUCAAAGCUGUGUGUUUGUGGAGAUUAUUCCUUACUUGGCACGAAUUAGUUGAACUGGGAACGUACACAUCUGCCAUUAUAUUUGUCACAAAUAAAGGUGGUGGUAGCCAGUCAACUAGGUGAGUUGCUCAGAGACUUAUAUUAAACACUCAAGACUGGCUUUCUCUGCAGUAGCAGGUGCGUCAUGAAAUAUUGGAGUGCCAAUUUCGGUUGCCAAGAUACUCCAACCUUUGGUUCACUUGCUGCAAAUUGCAGUACUUGAACCAUUUUAUGUCUCAAAUUUUAUGUUAAUUUUCUUCAUCAGGGUUCAUGGUUAAAAAGCGUCAGUUAGUAAUUUUAUUAGCUACCUGUCAGAGAUCUAUUAGAGUGGGAAGUCAUCCUCUUCACCCCUCUUCCUAAAUCCUAAUGUGCAAACGUUUUUGAAAUCAAAUAGGUAAAGCUAUUUUGUAAGAAUAAAGACUUAUCUUGCGACAUGACACGGCUUUGAUCACAGAAACGUCGAUAAUGUACUUCUCAACGUCGCUCUGCGCUGCAUUGGAAAUUGUGUUGCAAGUUGCAAAAUAUAUGCAAAUUAAAGAGAAGCAAUGUACAGUAACACGAUCUUUAUUAGUAAAAAAGGCUCAUUUUGAUCGAAGCUUUACCCGGCCAAAUUUCCGGAUGUGAUGUCAUUAGAUUAAUUUUAUAGUAGCAAUAACAGAAGCAAACUAAUAUGUAAUUCUUCUGAUAUGGCCUCAUGUCAGCACGAUUGACAGUGAAAAAUUCCUCUCCUCCGCAGAGGCGUUUUAAUUAAAAAACGCGGGCUAUAUACCCGCAUGUGGGUAAUUGAUGAGGUAUUACAUUAUUUCUCAGAAUGACCCAAACAUUGACCCAAAUAAUUAUAAUGGUAUCUAAAAUCAUAUUUGAGGUUAGUUAACAAACACAACUUCUGACGUUUUAUGUACUAUUUCUCUAGUUGUUUCGACAUUCACAACAGUGUUGGUGCAGCGUCGCUGUGUCUAGCAUGGUUUACUCUAGUUCUGUCCAUGAGAAAGUUCCCAAAGCUUGGUAUUUAUGUCGUUAUGUUUACGGAAAUGUUCCGAACUUUUGCUCAAUUCUUUGUUGUUUUGCUUCUGUUUAUCAUCGCAUUUGGACUGGGAUUUCAUGUUCUCUUGUAUAACCAGGUGAGAAACUUCACUGUCAGAUACUCUUGCUUUCGAGUUUGAACUUAGUGGAUCAAUUUUCAUAUUAACAACCUCAGUCGAAAUACAACCCUAACCGUAAUCUUCACUCCAUGGCCGGAUAUUAAGGGACAGGUGCACAUCGUUUUGCACCUCCCCCCGAGAAUUUUUCCACCUCCUUCACAUCAUUUUGCACCUCCCCCGGGGAAUUUUUUAUUGAAUAUUACUAAAUAUUUACGUGUUACUUAAGGUAUACACUUCAAAUGUAAUAAAUUCUACAAAAUUGAAAACGUGAUAAUAAUUCAUCUCUGUCAAUUACCCUUUUAGUGCCAACUUUGUAGUCAUACAGUCAUAAUUCAUAUAUGCAUUGAUAUGUAUGUACAUUGCAUGCAGUCAUGCAUGCUGUUGGCCAUGGCCAGAAAUCACGGACAUAAUUUAUUCCACUUCCUCACUAAUUUGCACAUCACUUUGAAAUAUGGCCACCAGAGGCGCCGGAAUAUUGAUAAUUGCGGGGGCAAAUAUUCAUAUAUUCGUGUUCACAGACUGUAAAAACAAUCGAUUUCAAAAGAAAUUAAUUGGGCAGAACACGAAUACAUGAAUAUCUGCCCCCCCCCCCCUCCCCAAUUAUCGAUAUUCCGGCGCUUCUGAAUAUGGCUCCAACA